AUGUCAACCCUACAACGUCCUGCUAGGUCAUGUAAGGAGUGUCAGCGGCGAAAGGUCCGCUGCGAUGCACAGCAACCCAAAUGUGGCUUGUGUCAGAGAGCCCGCGUUCCAUGCGAGGUGUCUCCGGCGGGAAAACGAGGCCCCAAACGAGGUCAUCUAAACGCCCUCCGCAAUCGUCUUAUGCAGCUUGAGGAAACGUUGCAGAACCGGCUUAACUCCGAGCAACGUCCGCAGGAGCAUACACAGGGGUUGUACCAUAGCCUUGACUCGACAGAUGCAUCACAAUCAGCCGACUUUAUGACAGGUGAUGUUGGCUAUGUUGAUCCUCUGCCGCAAGCCUUCAUGUUCUCCGGGCCUUCAAUGGAUGGUGAUUCCGAUGCCUUGGGUUUGGAAACAUUUCCUUUUUCUGAUCUAGCAUUAUCGCUUCCUCAGAUUGACCGUCGUACCCACGCCGAACUAGACCAGUUGUACUUUGACCGAGUCCACCCAUCUUUCCCCAUUCUCCACAAGCGACGUUAUCUAGGAUGGUCCAAGUCAACUGCCAAGUCUCCUUCCCAAACUUGUUUGCAACAGGUCAUGUGGAUCCUUGCUAUUUUACUAUCUACACAAUCCCGUGACUUGAUUAAUCCAUUAUAUAGCCGAGUAAGGCAGGAUAUUGACCCCAUCAUUAUGGAUACUGGCCCAUGCCAGUUAGAACUCGUUCAAGCUUGGACACUUCUGACCGUCUGUGAGCUGAUGCGUGCCUUGUAUGGACAGGCUUGGGCCAGUGCAGGACGAAUGUUCCGGCUACUUCAGGGGUUACGCUAUCACGAGAUUGACAGUCCAAGCAAGGACCCCGUAGCGUCAGAGGGAAUUAUUGACCCUAUUCGAACGGAAGAGAAACGCCGCGUAUUCUGGAUGGCUUUUUUUAUUGACCAUCUGCUCAGCAUCCGAAAUCGUUGGCCAAUCUGCACGCGGUUACCAAUUUCCGAUCCUGCUUUCCAGGCUGCUCAGCUCGACUCAAGUGUUUUCUUAUCUCAAGCCGUAACCGAACCGCCCUCCCCAGAUACUUGCUCAUUCAACGAGUGCAUCAUCAUCGCAACACUCAGCGGCCGUGGGCUGCUACAUGAUGUCCACGGCACCAUUUCCAGAGCUUACGGUGGUUCUGGGCAGAUCCAUAUCGACCACGGCGAUUGGAUGAACCUUGUUCUUGCGACACGAAACCAGGCCCUACGUCAAAGAAAUGAUAAUGAUCGUUUAGGGACUUUUGCUCAAAUCCUUGGACAGGUGACUGAGGUUUUAUUCUGUAAAAGCCUGAUGACAAUGAACAAAGACAGUUCGAAUGAAAUUUGUGUACAAGAAUAUCGUUGUCGGGCUCUUAGAGCCACGGAGAAGAUUGUGCGCUUCGCCAAAGACCUCACAGCGUUGCACUUCUCUAUGGUCCAUCCGUUCAUGUUCAUACCUCUAUUCGUCACUGCCGAGUUCUUGUACGAGAACAGAGCGCUUGGAGGUGCAUUUCUGACGCAACUGCGAAGCCUAGUUAGUGUAUUUGGUCAAUUGACGAAUGUCAAUGAUCACGAAAGGAGUUAUCUGGAUUUAUUAUCGCGAUCCUGUAUAUCAUCAUCGCGGGGAGUUUUGGAGCAAAGCGCGCAACAAAGAGAGGACCACCUCGGGCAGCCUGGACUAUAG